AUGAGUCGCUUGGAGGCAGAGAACCUCAUCGCCAACGCCUAUCGCGCUCCUGCCACUGACAGCGUCCGUGAGAACGCAACUGCGACCGUCCCGAGCGGAUCCAAGCUGCGUACGCUGGCGCGGUUACCGUCGCGCAACACUGCAUCGUCCAAUGAUUUCUAUCUGCAACAGUCAGGCGUACAGUUCUACGUAGACGACCUGGUACGCCAGUUACAGGACAAGCGCCCGGAUCAGCCGGCACAAUUCAUCGCCAAUUAUUUUGCCGCAGUUGCCAAAGGAUCCAAUGUCAAAAACCGGUCGUUCGAGUACGUUAACGGCUGUCUGCAAAACCGUGCGGCCUUCAUUGCUCAAUUGCAGCGCAGCUACGUAAAGAUCGACCACGAUAUGAUGCUGUCGGUUGGAGACUUCACAGAAAUGCUUCAUUGUCAGUGCAGCGACUUGCCAACACAAUUAGUACGGCAAGCGACCGGCCACCUGCCUGAAAACGAAGAUGGCCAGCGACGAGCAUCGCUGCGAACGUUAUUAACAGCUUUCAGUGCAUGCUUCUUUUUCAAUGUUUUUGAACAAGGCGCACGAUAUCUACAACGAAAAUGCGGCAACCAAAGACAGUAG